AUGGGAUACUUUAUAUUUCAGAUGAUUGUCGAGACCUUGCUCUUGGCAUGCAGAACAGUGUCAUAGCAGCUGACAAGAUAACAGCAUCUUCAGGGACAGCAGGUGACCAGGCCAGACUAAACUACACUAAUGGACCAUCGUGGUGUGCUAUUGGAAAUGAUGAUAACCCUUAUCUACAGAUUGACUUAGGGACCCCCCACAUCAUUUGUGCUGUGUCAACACAGGGUGACCAUUUGGCGAAACAAUGGGUCAAGACUUUUCAGCUUAAUUGUUCURAUGAUGGGAAGACUUAUCAUCCAUACAAGGAGAAUGGCAACACACAACAGACAUUUUAUGGUAAUGUGGAUAAUUCUGGAAUCUUCAAGCAGAUUCUUUAUCAAGGAAUCAUUGCAAGAUAUUUACGUAUCCUACCCAUAAUGCAACACGGAGCUGUUUGUAUGAGAGCUGAGAUAUAUGGAAUACGAAUACAAUCAACCUCUAAAGUAAACUACGCCUACGAUAAAACAGCAACACAGUCCAGUACUGGUUGGGAUGCACCGCCUGAUCGUGCAGUUGAUGGGAAUCGUAAUCCAAACUUUGAUUCUGUUAAAAGCUGCACCCACACGGAAAUGCAAGACAAUGAGCCCUGGUGGAUGGUUGAUCUUGGUCAGAGUAUACCUGUGUAUGAGGUGUUCAUUGUUAAUAGGAAAAAUCACCACGAGAGGCUGCACGACUUUCUAAUUCUUAUUGGUGGAAGUUCAAGCAAUGGUGGCAAAUCCAAUCCCGUUUGUAACAGUGUGAAGGGCCCACUGCCCUCUGGGAUUGGAACGUCUAUCUACUGCCAUCAAAGCAUGAUGGGACGGUUCUUGACUAUCACGUUUGACAAUCAUGUGGGAAUCCUCACAUUAUGUGAAGUUGAAGUUUACACUGAAGUUUAUAUGGAAUUAGCCAUUGGUAUAUCCAAUAGCAGCGCCGUACCAGACAACAGAAUGUCGGCAAGCUCUAAUUAUAGUAACACGAGGACUGCAGCCAAAGCCAGGCUCCUUGGCAAUUAUUCAUGGAGACCACGUGACGAUGAUACCAACCCAUGGUUACAAAUAGACCUUGGAGAGAUUUACUACGUGUGUGCUGUGGCUACACAAGGUGACCCGGACGGUGACGAGAGGACAAUAAAGUACAAAGUUGAAGGAUCUAUAGAUAAUCUACUAUGGAUGCCUGUAGAAAGCAAAACAUUGAAAAAGGAAAUGGUUUUUAGUGGUAACCAAAAUAAGUCAACAAGCAUCAUCAAGCAUUCCUUGCCAAGUCCUCUAGCAGCUAGAUUUGUACGGUUCUAUCCUGUAGAAAAUAUUGAAGCAUACGCCCUUAGAGUGGAAAUAUAUGGUGUUACCAAAGUAUCAGUUCCACCGAUACCACCACCGAUAGGGAACAAAGAGCUGCAUCCCAGUCUGGGUUCGCAUAUAGACUUGGUGUGCAGAGCAGAAGGAGGACUGAGCAUCAAAUGGUACCAUAACGACACAGACAUUACAAGUUAUUCUAUCGGUUCAGUAGGAACAGGAUCAAUACUCAUAUCAACACUACGUGUAAACUACACAUCAGUUGAUGAUGUUUAUGACAAAUAUUCUUGUGACGCAACGAAAAUGUACUGUACCAGUUUGGACUACAUUUGCCAAGUCGAUUAUGGUUCAUACAGAAAACUGCAGAGCAGGGGGAAAAUCUCCACAUUAUUAGUGCCCACUAGACCAAGACAUCUUAACGCCACAAUCAACCCUCAACGUGGGACCCAAAGACCAACUGUAACGUUGAAGUGGGAGAAACCAAUGAGAGCGAUAGGCAAAACAACAAGCUAUACCCUAUGUUAUAACUACGUCAUUGAUAAUAAUAGCAGUAUGAAGUCAUUGACCAUUACGGAUUUAACGGGCAUGAGCUACACGAUCGAUGUCAUUGGUGGAGCUCGUUUCGAAUUCUAUUUAAAAGCCAAGGCCAAUGGUCUUAUUGGAGAUCCCUCUCAAACGUGGACUGCAAACAUUCAGGAAUGUAAACCGUCAUCUGCUCCAGCAAAUAUCAAAGUGAUCAAGAUUGAAAAUGGAAAAUACAACGUGUCAUGGGAAGAAACACCCAGAGAGCUAAACAAUAGUAAGAUUAUUACCUACGAGAUAAAUUGGUCUUCCUUGGCUAGACGAAUGCGUCGAUCAACUGUUGCAUCACGUGCAGCUAAUGCUAGCGAGUCAACAUACACACUGGUGAACAUAAGCCUUACAGACAACAUGAAGUACAAUAUCACUGUACGAGGAUACACCAUUGCAGGUCCUGGUCCAUUUAGCGACCCUAUAGUUCUUGAAAAAGAGAUCGAGAAAGCGGAUGGACGUAAAGAGGAUGAUCAAGUACCUGAUUCAGUCAUUGUGGUUGCUGUUGUUUUCUCUUUACUUUUUGUCGUUGGGAUGAUCGUCUUUAUUUUCUGGUAUAAAAAACGUAAAGGACAAGAAGAUACCACUCAACAGGAAAACCCCGGUGGACAUUUAAGAAUGCGUAGCACAGGUGGCGUAGCGGUGAGACCGCUCGCCUCUCACCAAUGCGACCCGGAUGAGUAUAAUCAAAAUGAAAAUCAGAAUGAGGGAAACAUAGAAAUGGUAGAAGUAGAGGGCGAUGCCAUUUAUGAGAAUAAGACAGAAAAAAUCAGUAUCCGCCAGUUUCCAGACUUUAUGAACAGAGUUAGAAGGAAUGAACAUGAACUACUGAUGCACCAAUUCAAGAUAUUACCACAAGGUCGCCUGUACCCUUGCACUGUUGCCAUGAAACCGAUCAACAAAUCGAAAAAUCGCUAUGGCAAUAUCAUCCCAUACAAUAACUCGAGAGUUGUUCUUGAAAAGCUGGAGGGAGACGAAGAUUCAGAUUACAUCAAUGCAAGCUACAUAUGGGGAUAUGACUGUAAGCAGAUAUCCUACAUUGCAACUCAAGGUCCUCUCCCUCAAACUGUUAAUGAUUUUUGGCGAAUGAUUUGGCAAGAAAAAAUGUCGGUGAUUGUCAUGUUAACAGGCAUCAAAGAACAAAAUAAGAUAAAAUGCGAAAAGUAUUGGCCAGAAAAUAGUAAGACGUACCAGGAUCUAUCUGUACAUCUACACAAGACUGAAGUAUUUGCUGACUACUCCAUUCGUACUUUUGUUGUAUCCAAGAUGAAGACAAGAGAACAGCGCUAUGUCUUUCAAUAUCAUUUCACUGCCUGGACUGAUAAAGGUGUUCCUCAACAUGCAACACAAUUAUUGGCCUUCAGAAGACGUCUUGAGUCAGACACAGCCAUGGGGUCUCCUUGGGUUGUUCACUCCAGUACUGGUGUUGGAAGAACAGGAGCUUUUCUUGCCAUCGACGCCAUGAUAAGACAAGCGAGAGAUUACAAAACGAUUGAUGUUUUCAACUUUGUUAAAACAAUGAGACAAAACAGACAAAACAUGGUGCAGACCAAGGAGCAGUACUUGUUUAUACACAUGGCGAUUCUCGAGCAUCUCACAUGUAGGAUCACAGAGGUACAAGCACAGCAACUGGGGAAGACGAUCAAGAAACUGACUAUAUACGAUCGUAAAGAGAAAAUCACGGGAUUUGAAAAGGAAUUCAAGCAUCUUUCAGCCCUUUGUCCUGAUGUCCCCAAAGACGAGAUGAAAAUUGGAAGCAAAGCUUGUAACAGCAAGAAAAACAGGUUUCAGCACAUCCUGCCUUUGGAUAAAGCUAGAGUUAUUCUACAAGCUGACCCGGAUAAAGGGGGAAAUGACUACAUCAACGCCUCAUAUGCCAACGGCUACAGACAAAAGGACGCGUACAUUUUGACCCAGGCUCCUCUCGACACCACCAUCGCUGAUUUCUGGAAAAUGAUCUAUGACAACAAACUGGGAACCAUCGUUAUGCUGAAUGAGAAUAAAGAGGAAAAAAUGGUUAAGGGAUUUUCUUUGCAUUGCUUGAGUUACCCUUCAUACUGGCCUGAAAAGGGAUCAUUGGAGUUUGGGAACAUCCCAGUUGAAAUCAUCCAAAAAGAAACUGAGAAAUCCAUAGUAUCACGAGUGUUUACACUGACUCACAAAUCAGAUGGUCCAAACAAACCACACAAAGUGAGACAUCUACAGCACACAGGAUGGAGUGAUGGAUCCGUACCGGGAACUACAACAUCUGUGUUGGAUCUUGUUGAAAAAAUACAAAGAUCACAGCAACAGUCAGAAAAUAAGCCGGUCGUUGUGUUGUGCAGCGAUGGUGUAGGUCGUAGUGGUACGAUGUGUACAAUCCUGUCACUACUCGACCGUGUCAAAACCGAACAAAUGGUGGAUGUCUUCCAGACUGUGAAAGCACUGAGAAUAUCGAGGCCUGGAGCCGUGGACACUGCGAUCCAAUACCAGUUUUGUUUCCAAGUAGUUAUGGAUUACCUGGAGUCCUUCAGCGAAUAUGCAAACUUCAAUGGUUAAAUUAAGGGCAUACUAGACAUCUUUACCUUGGACGUGUUAUGUGCAUUUCCUAUUUCAGACCACGUGCCAUUCCCUAGAGUAUCUUCGCUCGUCUUCKCACUUGUUGCYAUCUUCAAAAUCUUAUAAUCUCAAGUCAUAUGGUUUACGUUCUUUCUCAGUUGCUGCUCCGUUCCUCUGGAACUCUCUACCUUCUUCAAUUAGAGAUAUUUCCAGUUUAUCUUUAUUUAAUUCUAAACUCAAGACUCAUUUAUUUUUAAAUAAAAGUUAGCUUUUUCUUUAUAAUCAUACUAUCUAUCUUAUUUAUUUAUUCCUUUACGUUAUGUUACUAAGCGCUUAGAACAGACUUGUAUAAGCGCUAUAURAGCCAUAUAUAUUAUUAUAUUAUAUUAUCAUUCCAUUGUUUAACGGUUGUGCACAAGAAGACACAUAAAUAUGGAUACAACUGA